UUAAAUUAGAACUUUCCCUACUGUACCAAUCUGGUUUCAACGGCACAGAAAGAAGGAGAGUCAAGUGCACCUCUCGGAAGGACUCGAGUCUCCUCCCGAGCCACGAUCGUAUCCUCCUGAGGUGUAAGUAUACAUGUUGUGAUCACAGCGACAACGUCAUCAUGAGCGAUCCAACGGUGGGAACCCUAGGUGUAACUGCAGUCCGGAAGGGCGCUACUUGUCCUCUCAUCGUCUCUCUAAUUGCCACGCUAUUGACAGGUAGGAGAAGAGCAACACUGAGAGAGCGAUGCUAUAAAUAGGAGAUGUAGAGAGAGAAAGAGAGACAUAGAGAGAGAAAGAGAGAGCUGCUUUUCCAACUGAGGUUCAAAAGCUAAAGGUACUUCAUUGUUUGAGGACAAUGGGAUGCACAGCUGAAGAUCCAAUGGCUGGUGGAAAAGAAAACGAAAUAGAGAUAAAAAUAAAGACAUUGGAUUCCCAAACUUACACAAUGCGUGUAAAUAAGCAGGUACCAGUGCCUGAUUUAAAACAACAGAUUGCUACAGUUACAGGUGUCUUAUCAGACCAACAACGUCUCAUAUGCCGCGGAAAAGUUCUAAAGGAUGAUCAACGCCUCUGCGCCUAUCAUGUUGAAGAUGGUCACACUUUGCAUCUGGUUACCAGACAACCAGUUCCACCAUCAUCUGAGGGUUCGCAUAAUCAAUCAGAUGCUAUUCCUGGUUUGGGUAUGAGUCAUGGUCAAGACAAUCAGGUAGCUCCUGGGUUUCUACCUGAAAAUUUGAAUGUGCCUAAUCAAGGUGAUGCCAUUCCUCCAGAAAUUAAUCAGCUUGUUUCUGCUGUUCUUGGUGCUUUUGGAGUUAAUGAUAUUGGUGGUAAUCAGGGGCCUGAUGCUAGGGUUGUGCCUGAUUCUUUGACUACUUUGUCCCAGUAUCUGAGUCGAUUGAGGCGCAGAGGCAAUGGAAACAAUGUGCAGACUGCUGAUAUCCAUGGUACUGCAGAAAGAGAAUCUAAUUCCAUAUCGCAUUCAGUGACUGCACCGGGCCUUACUCCAACAGCAUCCUUGGCAGAAUUGAUGCUGUCUGCAAGGCAAAUGCUUAUUGAACAAGUUGGAGAAUCCCUACUGCAACUACAGAGGCAGCUAGAGAAUCAAGAGACUGCGACUAAUCUGUCUGAGAGGCGGGACAUUCAGUUUAGCGCAGGGAGAACAGGAGUUUUGCUUCAAAAUGUUGGUGCAUUUCUACUUGAACUUGGUCGUACAACCAUGACACUGAUCAUGGGUCAAAUGCCGUCUGAAGCUAUGGUUAAUACUGGGCCUGCACUUUUCAUAUCCCCAUCUGGUCCUAAUCCUCUCAUGGUUCAGGCUCAGCCUUUUCAACCAGGAACAAGUUUUGGUUCAUUCUCCACGGGAACUGCACAGCCUGGCUCUGGUUUGGUUAAUGGAUUUGGUUUUCUUCCAAGGCGUAUUGAUAUACAAAUCCGUAGAGGUUCUUCAAUGGUCACUCCCAAUGUUAACCAAGUGGAACAUGGUUAUACUAAUCAGCCUUCAGGCCAAAGAAACCCAGUAACAAGUUCUGGUGGUGAAAACCCAGCAACUUCUCUGGUUUCAGAGGGCUCAUCUAUUGCUGCAGUACCAAUGAGGUCCAUGCUUGGAGCAGUAUCUGGUCCAUUUAGUAGUGUUCUUUCUGAUCCAUCCAGUGGUCUUUUAGGCUUGUACCCAGUUCUUGGAAGAUUACAACAUGUGGGUUCUGGACAUGCAAUUGAUGAGCUAGGAUCUCAAGCAUCUGGUGAACAUCAAGCCACUGGCUUCCAAACCGAGCAGCUCAAUGAAGGUGGUCGCACAACAGAAGGAUCAUUGCCAACUCCUAGUUUAAGACACCUGGCACCAUCUGAAUCCCAGAAUUUCAGAAUCAACCUUCAGUCAACCGAUGGGACCAUAACUAAUCAAGAAGCUGAGGGACAUAUGCCCAGCAGUGUCCUUCAGUUUCUAAGGACCAUGUUUGCAGGUGGAGAAAUUGAACAUGUCGAGGAUUUCAAUUCACAAGGAAUAGCUACAAAUCCCGUCACAGAGCAUUCAGAGGCAGCCGCUGGUGCCAUGGAUGCUCAGCAAGCAGAACCAGAAGUUACUGAUGAAGGGAUCUUCUUGUCCAAUAUGCUUCGAGAGAUGAUGCGCUUCAUAUCUCAAGAUGUGGACCCAAAUGUCGCACCUCCUGAAGGAUCAAGUGCUUCAGAGCAUGGAACUGAUUCUUCCUCCCAAGCUGAGAGCUCUGUUGCUGGGACUUUGCGACGGGAAAGUGAUAAUCAGGCAAGCCCCCCAAAUUCAAAACGUCAGAAGAUGGAUGAUUCAUCCUGAGACUAGGGUUUUGAGAUAUGCUACCUGUUAUCUGUGGAUGCUGUGAAUAAUGAUCCCGAGGGCAAGCAGUGGGGCUUUUCUUACAGGUAAAUUUAGGCGCUAGUCAUUCCACCAUUGUAGUAAACCAUCCCCUUUUCACUUGAGCAGGUCCAUGAAGUGACUUUUCAAGAAUAGGCAUUACUUCCUUGAGACAGAAUAAAAUGACCUGCUGUUUGCCUGUAGUACUGAAUUCCAUCUUAUAUGUAACAAUACUUGGGUUGAUGUUUUGGUUGCAUUUCCAUUAAGUGUAGUGGGUCUAAUGACUUUAUCCGAGCGCUUCCAUAAAUGUUACUGUUGGGGGAAACCUUGGUGGCUCCCAUUGCAUUCAUUGGAUUGCUUUUAUGUGGGAUGCUGUGCUGACUGCUGAGGAAGUUCUGUUUUGAUCCAACAAACACGAGUGUAUGGGUGCAAGGGAUCCUUGGACUCAUCGGAUAAAGUAUUUGUUGGCAGUCUAUUUGGGCGGCGUCUACCCAACUCUAGACGCUGUAAGUCCAACAAAAUUGAGUUCCUUACUUCUUGUUCAUCAGCCUUUUCAGUGUUGUUGGCGAUACUUUUUUGCACACUGCCAUGAUUUUGCAGUUCAAUCAACUGAAAUAAUCUUGAAACAGCCAUUAUUUUGAUGCUA